AUGCAGACGGAGAGCCGGAGCGACGGCGCCGGGCGGCUGCGCGUGUUUUUCUGCCGCUGCUGCGCGCUGCUGUGCUGCUUCAUUUUUGUUUUUAAUUUGUUUUCUUUUUUUAUUCAUUUGCUGCUGAAUUGGGGGGCCCUUUUUUCUUUAAUUCAAGAAUUGGUGUUGGCUGUGGGGGCUUUUGCUGCUGCUGCUGCUCACGCGCCGCAGCAGCACGCAGCAGCAGCAGCAGCAGCAGCCGCAGCCGCGCCCUCCGCAGCAGCGGCAGCAGCCACCGCAGCAUCCAUAUUCCAAGUCGACUUUCUGCUGCAGCAGCAGCAGCAGCAGCAGCAACAGCAGCAGCAGCAACAGCAGCAGCAACAGCAACAGCAGCAGCAGCAAAACCCAAAAUGCGCCUCCAACUCGCUGCUAGAAAACGGCAUCCUCGCCUGUUUAGUAGAGCAAGGGACGCUGCUGCCUGACUGCAGCAGCAGCAGCAGCACUGAGGUGAUCUGCCACGACCCCGCUGCUGCUGCUGCUGCUGCUCCCAAAGAAGAGGCUGGCUUCUUUCAGCAGCAGCCGCAGCAGCAGCUGCUGCUGCUGCAGCUUCCCCCAGCAGCGCAGCAGCCAGUCUAUUUUGAAUACCCGGACUCGCCUGCGGAGUGUCAGCAGCAGCAGCUGCAGCAGCAGCUUCUGCUGCAGCAGCACUUGCUGCCGCUGCCCAGCAGCAAACUCCUCGAGAGGUCUCUCACAGAAAACAUCAGCUGCGCGACGUUGGGAUUGUAA